ACAAUUGUAAACACGAAUUAGAACGUCGUUUUUGUUUUAGGGUUUUCUUAUGGAUUUCAUCUCCGCCAUUGCCAUCGAUACAGAGCCAAAUUCUGAGAGAGUUGAUUCACCUUCUUACAAACGAUCUCUACCAGUUACAGAUUCCUUAUCUUAAAGUCUUUCUUAAAUUAUCACCCACGAUCUACUUUGAAUGCGAGCUUCUUCAUGGAAGGCGGUGGAACUUCUAUUAUAAAAGGCUAAGCUUUCCUUUAAGCAAGUAAACUUAUAUCCUGAAAAUGGUCAAAGCAUCGAUCUUCCUUUCUGAUCUGAAGAUCGGACGAUGCUCCUCCACCGUUCAAGUCCGGUUGCUACGCCUCUGGGAGGCCAAGAACGUUCGACGCAGCUGCAAACUCAUGGGAGUGGAUAUGCUUCAACUGGAUUCUCAUGUUACUUUUAAAACUCCGCUCCAGUUCAUAUUUUCAAAAAAAAAAUUCCACCGCCUAAUUUCAGUCAUCUUGAAUCCUUAAUAACAACUAUUCAUGUUUAGAUCUUUGACUGAAAUAUUUCGUCUAAGAAUAUUUAUAAUCGUUUGUUGAUUAUCCCAUAUAUAUUUUUUUUAAUUUCUUGAUUCUGUUAUUGAACUUUUCCGUCGUCUUGAUUCAUUUGACCAAGUUCUCUAGAUUUUUUAUUUGUUUGUUCAUUGUAUCGUUUAGAAAAUUUUCCUGAUUACUAAUUUGGUUGAUGACUGUUCUAUGUAAAUCACAUGUUUCAGGCCACCAUGAUGCCGGCCACUCUGAAUGUCAACCGGCUUGGUACUCACAGGCCUAAUCUGAAUGCGGGUUCAACAUAUUCCCUGACCAGUUUCGAUGUGACCCGGUGUAAUCAGAAUUACCGUCUGUCGGACUCCUCUAUGUUGAUCACUUUCAGUGACUCAACCUCUUUUAAUGAGGUCUCCGAACCGUCCCAUAGCAAUUGAAUCUUUCCGGUUCCGAAAUCACAGCGAGAUGCUUGGCCUUACCGACACAAACACUAGCUACCAGGUAAUGAUACUCUUAUUUUUUCAUUUGUCUAUACGUAAUAUAUAUAUAUAUAUAAUCAUCAUGUAAUAGACAUAUCGAUGAGAUAACUGAUAUGAAGAGCACUAUCAUUGACCCACCCCAUGACGAACCGUGUAAUGGCGACAAUCAAAAUGGAUAAGUAACUUUUUAUCUCAAAUUUUUUAUUUAUCUUAAAAUAUGGUGCACUUUUUAAGACAAUUGCAUUUUCAUAAUUUUCUAUCUCAAUAUGUUAUCAGUGACGUAUCUGUUACUAUGAAUCUGUUUGACGGACAGGCAGUCAAGCUCCACAACAAAUGCUAGGUGAUCCAAGGGGCGCCUGUUCCUGAAUGCCACCUCAGAGACACACGUAUGUUUUGACAAGGAGACCACUGCAGGCGAGAGAUAUUUCUACAGACUGGUUUCCCAAGACACUGGGCUUCCAUCAGCAGCUCCACUGCUAAAGAGCAACGCCAAGGUGACAACUUUGAGCAUAGCAGAGCUCAGUGAGUUUGUCAUAGCUGCUCCAUCUCAGAUAUCGUGUGGAGAUGUCCGUUGCUGAUGAAACUGCUGAGGGCCUGUUCGUCUGUUUUGAUGGGGUUAUGACAAAACUGCACAACAUGAGAGCCAAUGAAGCUGGCCAUCUUCUGGCUAAUGAGGGAGUGAAACCGGAAGAAACUCAGGCUCCUCCCUUUGUUGCAGCAAUGGAAGGUAAAACCUACAUAUUCCAGGUGAGAGUUAGUUCCUACAACUUCAUAGAAAAUCACCAAACCUUUACGAUCUCCCGAAUCCUCAGUGAACGUGACCGUUUGCCACUAUCUGCAUUUGUUGAAAAUGGAGGAGACGAUGACAAUGGAGAUGACAACCCUGAUGUCAUCUCGGUUCCUGCUAAGGUGGAGUUUGGUGGUAGUAGUCAGGCGCAAGUGUUCGCUGGGAAGGUGAAGAAGGCCCGUAAGGCAUAGGUGGCAAAGAUUGAAGUUUACGUUACAUUAUUUCCGUUUUCACAAUGCUUAUGCAUGUCUUUUUUUUUUCCUUUUUGGUACUUUUGGUUUGUGAGCUACUUUGUCUUUGACUCUUAUAAUUCAAUGAUUGGUUCUGUCCAAUCUUUAUAAAAUCUUUGAGUUUCGAAAUGUUUCUAAUUUGGAGAUACAUGUUUAUAUAUGAAUCAUGGAAUAUAAGUAUAAUUUUAUUCA